AUGAAUACAGAGGAAGAUCUGCUGCAACAACGACAUUUGAGUAGCCGUCAGAGACAGCCUAAUUUUACAUACCCCCCAACUCAAUACCAGGACUAUUGGCACGAAGAGGGUAGGCGCACCAAGUUCAGUCGGUCGGUAUCUAAGUUUACGAAGGCGCUAGGACGCAAACUCAAAAAAUUGGCAGGAAAGUUGGCAAGAUAA